CUGACCGAUCAUGUGAACUGGUUAAGCCAAAGGGAAAUGAAGCCUCCUCUUAAGAGAAAUACACCGUGGUUUACUUAAUUAACUGUGUGUUUGGGAAAGCUUCAGUUUGGAGCUCCUCCUUGAACGUGACGGACAGCGAUGGGUUCACGGGGUCUAACACUGGCCUGGACCUGGCUUCCAGUUCUUCUGCUGGGACUGACCUGCUCCUCGCACAGUUCCCUUGUGAAAGUCAAUAAAGGUUUAAAGGUGAAACGAGGUCAGUCGGCCUUCCUCCAGGACGGUGACCUGCAGUUCCAUAUCCCCCGUCAGAAGGAUGCUUGCAAAGUGGAGGUGGUGUUAAAUGAGCCCAUAACUCAACGAGUUGGAACACUCAUGCCUCAGGUAUUUGAUUGCCACUAUCUGGCUGAUGAGGUGAAGUAUGUCCAUAAUGGCUGUCCAUUGUUAAAGGAGGACGAUGUGAAGCUGCGCCUGUACAGGUUCACAGAGACAGAGACCUACAUGGAGGUGUUUUCUCUCCAUGUGGACAUUAUUGAACCUGAUUGCAGCAUCAUAAAGCUGGGGCCAAAGUUCUUGGAGGUUCCUGAGUUCUACAGCCUCUCUGAUGCUGUGGAUGGCAAUGUGGUGUCCUUCCACUAUGAGAAGAGGUCCAGCCUGGAGUGUACUGUCCAUAUGAGUAACUAUGACACCCACCUGCCAGCCCACGGACAGCUGGUGACCGGAGAGCCAGAGAGAGCUACUGUAAGAGGGGACGAGCCGGAGAGCUUCAUCCACCUCCGCCAGCAGCUAGAAAAUAAAGCCAGAGCAUUGUGUAAAUCUGAGGACUGCCUGAAGGGUCUGAAGCUGGUCAAAUUCACAAAGAUUCCAUGUGAUGACUUCCUGAUGAUGGGGCUGAGGUAUCAGCACAUAGACCCUCCAUCUCCAGACGUGGACUACAUCGCAAUCAGACUGGACCUGAAGGACCUCAGGAGCGGCAGCAUAUAUCAGUCUGAACAGGUCUGGAUUCCAGUCCGGGUUGUUGGUGCGACUCCCAACCAGCCUCCCAAGCCGUCCUUCGUGUCCAUGUUUAUCUUGGAGGUGGAUCAGUUCAUCCUCACUCCGCUCUCCACUGCUACUCUCGACUCUGAGGACGAGGAAACUCCCCAACAGCUUCUAGUUUUCAACAUCACUAAACCGCCUGUGGACGGUUUCAUCACCCAUCUUUCCGAUCACACUCGCCCAAUCUCCUCCUUCACAUGGCUCGAUCUCAACGACAUGCUCAUUGGUUAUCAACCUCCCAAUUCCUCACAUACCCAGCGCAGGAAUUACGAGGUGGAAUUGGAGGUUCAUGAUUUUUUCUUUGAGAAGAGCCCAUCAAUGACGGUUCACAUGUCUGUUAGGAAUGCAGAUACGAAUGCACCCAGAGUGUCCUGGAACAUGGGCCUCAGUCUGUUGGAGGGUCAGUCUCGACCAAUCAUGUGGGAUCAGUUCCAGAUUGUGGACAACGAUAACAUAAAGGCUGUUCGUAUCAUCACUGUGGACGGCCUGCAGCACGGACGGCUCACUGUCAGAGGGGGAAAGGGCUUCAUGUUCACUGUCAAUGACCUCAAAGCGGGCUUGGUUCGCUAUCACCACGAUGACAGCGACUCUACCAAAGACUUCAUCAUCUUCCGCAUCACUGACGGCCUCCAUCAGACUCGACACAAAUUCCCGAUCAAGAUCCUGCCGAAGGACGACAGCCCUCCGUUCCUCAUCACCAACAUGCUGCUGGAGGUGUCUGAGGGCCAGCUGGCUCUGCUCAGAGGCUCCACCCUCCAGGCCUCAGACAUGGACUCCAGCGACGACUACAUCCUGUUUAACAUCACCCGUCCCCCACAGGCAGGAGAAGUCAUGAAGAUGCCCCCAACAGGUCUCACAGGUUAUCCUGUCAGCCACUUUCUGCAGAAAGACCUGUCUCAGUCCAUGGUUUACUAUCGUCACCUAGGAAACGAGGUGUUUGAUGACUCCUUUGAGGUGGUGCUGUCAGAUUUCCAUGACCCUCCCAACCUGUCAGAGCCUCAAGUGGUGAUGGUGCACAUAGAGCCUGUUCCAGACCAACCACCCAAAGAGGUUCCUGGUUCCAGUCGCUGUCUUGUGAUCAAAGAAACAGAAGUGGUCCAUAUAACACGGCAACAGCUGCACUUUGUAGACCAGGAGUCUCCAGACAGUGAGCUCACUUUUACGGUUACAACUCCGCCUUUCUUCACUGGUCCUCACAGCAGUCCUGAUGCUGGGAGGUUGUUUUUAGUCGACAGUAUACCCAAGUUCUCCAAAGACUCCAACGCACCAGUGCUGAGGCUCUUCACACAGCAUGCAGUGAACUUCAUGAAAGUGGCCUACAUGCCUCCAGUCAUGGACAUUGGCCCUUACCCUCAGUAUGUACAAUUUGUUCUCUCUGUCACCAACCACCUGGGCAAAACAGUCACUGGGAUCUGCUUUAACAUCACUGUGGUGCCAGUGGACAACCAGCCGCCACAGGUUAUUACCAACUCUCUGACAGUAGAUGAGGGAGGGGAUGGCUGGAUCGGGCCUGAACAUCUGCGGCUGUCAGACGUGGACUCUUUGGAGGAAGCCCUGCAGGUGGUGCUUCAGAGGGACCCGCAGCAUGGAGCUCUGCAGCUGGGGGGCCUCCCACUAAAGCCAGGCAGCGCUUUCACUGUGCAACACGUGAAGAGCCUUAAAGUGAGGUCAGACAUCAUUU